UCCCAGGUUUGUAGGACUCAGGACGCCCGAGGGAAACCUGCUGCAGGAGCGAUGGACGACCUGUACCACGACUACAACUUCAGCUACGAGGACCAUACUCACCUGUGUGAGAAAGCAGACGUCCGAGCGUUCGCCGGUCUCUUCCUUCCCACGGUGUACACGCUCUGCCUGCUGGUGGGCAUCGCCGGAAACGCUCUGGUGGUGGUGGUCUACGGCGUCCACAAACGACUGAGGUCCAUGAGUGACGCUUUCGUGACCCAGCUGGCUGCGGCGGACCUGAUGCUGCUCUUCACGCUGCCAUUCCGGGCAGCGGCGGCGGCUCUGGGCUGGGAGCUCGGGGAGGUGGUCUGCAAGACCCUGUCGGCUUGUUACACCAUCAACUUCGCCUGCUGCAUGCUGCUGCUGGCCUGCAUCAGCCUGGACCGCUGCCGUGUGGUGGCCUGCGAGCACGGCCAGUUGCUGUGGAGGACCUUCAGCAGGAGACACUGCUGGAAGAUCAGCACGGCCGUCUGGGCCACGGCCUUCGCCCUUGGAGAGGAAGUUAAUUCUUGA